UGAAUGGAUAAUUUAAACGAUGAAGAAAUUUUUAAUGAUCGUGAUCGUAUUGAGCCAUUUGUCAAGGCAAUCACCAGAAAUAAGCAUUUAUUCAAAGAUAAAAUUGUGUUGGAUCUAAAUGCAGGGAUGGGAUUGCUUAGUGUUUUGGCUUCAUAAUCUGGAGCAAAAUAAGUUUAUGCCAUGAAAGCAAAUUGUUAUGCCGCUGAGAUUGUGAAAUAGAAUAACAUUUAAAAUGUUAUUUUAAAGAAAGAAAACAUUAAAGAUGUGGAUUUAAAUUGCAAAGUAGACAUCAUAAUUUCUGCUUGGAUGGGUAACAUGCUAUUUUAUGGUGGGUGUAUAUAAGAAGUGAUAUAUGCAAGGGAUAAAUACUUAAACAAGAAUGGAUUCAUCAUGCCUGACAAAGGGCAAUUAUAUCUGUAAUCUAUUGAAGAUAGCCAAUAUCGCAAUUAGAAAAUGAAUUUUUGGUAUUUUCAAUCAUAAAUUUUAUAUAGGAAUUCUGUUUAUGGAGUCAAUAUGAAAUGGAUGAAACAGUGGGUCGCGAGAGAGCCACUUAUUGAGAGCAUAAAAGAUGAUUAAUUAAAUAGUGAUGAAUAGUUAAUUUAUGAGGUCGAUUUGCAAACUUGUAAAUUGGAAGAUCUUAGUUUUAGCAAUUAAUACUAAGUAAAGAUCAAGAGAUAGGAUUAUGCAACUGGAGUGAUUGUGUGGAUGAAAUACUCAUUCACUUACACCCAUCUGCCAAUCCAUGUUGUUAUGGGUCCUACAAAGUCACCUUUUUGGAAACCUGUCAUUUUGUAUUUUAAGGAAGAAUUGGCUGUUAAUAAGGGCGACAAAUUACAAGGUUUAGAAUUGUUUACUAUUAAUUAGGUUCAUUAGCUGUCAAAUUUGAAUCAGAAGAACUCUUACAAAUUAAGUUAUCUGUACAUAUGUAACAAUAUAAUUAUGUAUCAUAUUUUAAGUUAAAUUGA